AUGGAGGAGGAGGAGAAGAAGAAGAAGAAAGGUCUUCCGUGUCAAGCUAUGCACCAUGCAAAUUCAGUGAAAUAUAUCCUCCUCUCCCUAAGGGAUGAUACUCCUCCAGCAUCCUCAGAGGAAAAAGGAACUAUUUUGAGCACCUUUGUGACAAUCUACUACACCUUGGGCAUGGCAAAUCUGAUGCAGAAAGACACCAAAGAAUGUUACUGCAACCUGCAGAAGGCUGAAAAAUGCCUGGAAGAAUUUCAGGGGUUAGAUUGGAAAAGAGCUGCCAAACUUAAAGUAUGCACCAAGGACAUUAUUGUGGCACUUGGCAGGGCAAGUUUUCAGAAAAACAAAUUAGAUUUGGCAUCCAAGUAUUUUGAGAAGGCGGUUGAUUAUCUCAUUUCAACAGAAGGAGAUGUGGCUCCAGAACUGAUACCUCUUUAUCAAGAAAUAGCCAAAAUCAAACAAAUGAAAAAAAUACAUGAAAAAAGCAUUUCAUAUGCAUUACAGGCUCAUUCUGUGUCAUUAGCUCUCUACCAGAAAUUCAGUCCUGAAGUUGGAUCUUCAGCAUUAUUUAUUCCUGGGAAGGGCUUAUGCUGCCACAGCAGAAGAGAAACACACUGAGGCUGCUGAAAGGUAUUUCAACGAGAGCUUGGUAGCCUACAAGGAAGCAUUAGGAAUGGACCAUCCUCAGACAAUCAGUGCCCUUAAAGUCUUCAGCAAGUGGCUUGGACUUGC